CCACACUGCCGUGUCAGUCGUUCGCAUACCGCCGCCGCUGUCGCUCGCCGUUCGCCUGUCCGCACGGUCGACGGUCGUUUCGGUUUCGUCACAUCGUAACACACACACACGUCCGCGGGUCGACGACAGUGACUUUUACCGGCCGCCGAUGUUCGAAAUAAUAAUAACAACGACAACAUAACACCCGCGAGUACCUGCCACGGUCGGCGUGUUCCGUUAACGCUCCGAGUCCGGUCCAGUCCUCGGCGUGCGUGCGUGUGGUGGCAUUGUGUGCUGUUUGUCCGUGGCCAUGUCACGUUACCGCUUCACUAGUGUUGCUAUAAAUUAUUGUUAUACGGGUGGGUUUUCGAUUUGAAAUUUUUUUCACGCCGUUUCCGUUGUGUCGGCGGCGAUUGAGUCGGAAGAGAGAGAGAGAGAGCGCGAGAGCGAGAGAGAGAAAAAGAGAGAGCGAGCGAGCGAACGGACGAGAGAUAGCGAGACGGAAUAAUUAAAAACAACAAAAAUAAUAUAGCGAAUUACGUUUAGUUUUUUUGUGUUCGUACACCGCGGCCGACACAGGCGCCGUACGGAACGACGUGCGAUGACGGCACGGACGUGGGUAACGUCGUGGUCAUCGUGGUCAUCGUGGUCGAUGUCGAUGUCGAUGUCGACGCCGCCACCGACGCCACCGCAGCCGCAGUCACCGCUGCCGCCGUCACCGGCUAGACGACCGGUUUGAACCAGUUUGACGGAGCGUGAAAACUAAAAUUGUUGUUACAGUCGCCCGGCCGUCAAGUUCGGCACCGAGCACGCGAGAUGGCUCCUUUGGACGUGCCCCGGGUACUGUUGGACGGCGAAAAAGUGGUGAAAUGGGACGACGAGAGCGGAAUUGGGCUACCUGUAACUAUCAAAGUAGACGAACGGGGAUUUUUCUUGUACUGGAUGGACCAAAAAAAAGACUGUGAAGUGAUUGACAUGUCGACGAUACGAGACACUAGGACAGGAAAAUACGCCAGGGUCCCAAAAGACACGAAAUUGAGAAGUGUCGUGUGUAUGGGGUCCCAAGAGCCAUUGGGCGAUAAAACGAUUACCGUCGUCGUGGCCACGGAUUUUGUGAACGUGUCGUUCAUUAAUUUCUGUUGCAAUAAAAAGCAAACGGCCCAAGUAUGGACAGAUGGUCUUUUGAAGCUUGCUCUGAAUUUGGCGCAGCUAAAUUGGUCACCAAUAGCGUUUUUGCACAAAACGCAUACCAAAUUGAAUUUAUUAGUAGACAAGAAUGGAAAAAUUCCAAUAAAAAAUAUUCUCAAGACGUUCGCGCAAAACAAAGAUGAUAGGAAGAAAAUCGAAAAGGCCCUGGAGUCAUCUGGAUUACCAUCGAAUAAAAAUGAUUUUGUUAGUCCGGCAAAGUUUAUAUUCGAAGACUUUUUCACUUUCUACAAAAAUCUCACGACUCGACCCGAAGUUGCGCAAUUAUUUGAUGACAUAUGUUGUAGUGAUCGCGGAGCUUCGGGUAAGAAAAAACUUAUGACAGUUGAUCAGUUCGUUGAUUUCUUGAAUCGUACUCAAAGAGAUCCUCGUCUAAAUGAAAUACUCCACCCAUAUGCAAAUUCAGAUAGAGCAAAAGAUCUGAUUCGUGAAUUUGAACCUAAUAAACAAAGCGCUCAACGAGGCUUGUUGAGUUUUGACGGUUUUCUCAAGUAUCUGAUGAGCGCUGACAACCCUAUAGUAUCGUCUACUACGUUUGAAUUAAACAACGACAUGGAUCAGCCGCUAUCACAUUAUUUCAUAAAUUCGUCACAUAACACUUACUUGACUGGUCACCAGUUGACUGGUAAGUCAUCCGUAGAGAUUUACAGACAGUGCCUACUGUCUGGAUGUCGAUGCGUUGAAUUAGAUUUGUGGAAUGGAAAGACAAAUGAACCGGUAAUCCUGCACGGAUAUACAUUUGUACCAGAAGUGUCAGCUCGAGAAGUAAUAGAGGCAAUCGCUGAAUCGGCUUUCAAAUCGUCGGAUUACCCAGUCAUAUUAUCAUUUGAAAAUCAUUGCAACACUAAACAACAAGCGAAAAUAGCCCAAUACUGUCAUGAAUAUUUUGGUGAUAUGUUGUUGUAUGAACCAUUGGACAGCCAUAAACUCGAGCCCGGCAUAUCGUUACCACCCCCUUCAAUGCUGAAAAACAAAAUAAUCAUAAAAAAUAAGAAAAAACACCACCAUCAUCAUAAAAAGCCUACGGCUAGUGUAGUAUUGGAGCCUGCUACAGCUGCAACUAUGGUGUUAGGUAAUGGAGAUUUACCACGAGGACCUAUUCGACAAUCUAGCAAGGACAGUAAUCAAGACGAUGAUGAAGACGACGACGACAGCAGUAGUGAUACAGAUGGAGAAGAAGAGGAUAUAGAUAGAACAGUUGAUUUAAAACAUGUAUUACAAGGUAAGCCUUUGGUUGAUAAAGUAUCCAACACCAAAGAGACAGAAGCUGGUACAGAAAUUUCAGUUCUCGUAAAUUAUUGUCAAUCAGUGCAAUUCACCUCAUUUGAAAACGCGGAAAAAAAAAACCGGCACUAUGAGAUGUCAUCGUUUGACGAGAAACAAGCCAUGACGCUACUGAAAGAAAGGCCAAUGGAGUUUGUCAAGUAUAAUAAAAAUCAAUUGAGUCGAGUUUAUCCGGCCGGAACGCGUUUUGACUCGUCCAACUUCAUGCCGCAAGUAUUUUGGAACGCAGGAUGUCAGCUAGUUGCAUUAAAUUACCAAACCAUGGACGUGGCGAUGCAGCUAAAUUUAGGAAUAUUCGAGUACAAUAUGCGCAGUGGUUAUUUGUUGAAACCGGAGUUCAUGAGACGCGCCGACCGUACGUUCGACCCGUUCGCCGAAUCCACUGUGGAUGGAAUCAUUGCUGGUACAUUGACCGUCGAUAUCAUAUCCGGUCAAUUGCUCACAGACAAACGCGUCGGAACUUACGUGGACAUCGAGAUGUACGGCUUGCCGGCCGACACGGUCAGGAAGAAAUUUCGUACUCGGACGGUACCGUAUAACGGCAUUAAUCCGGUGUACGGCGAUGAACCUUUUGUUUUCAAAAAAGUGGUCCUUCCUCAACUCGCAUCUCUGCGUCUAGCUGUUUUCGAGGAGUCCGGGAAAUUGAUCGGCCAUCGUGUCAUUCCAGUAGUUGGACUCUGCCCGGGAUACAGGCACGUCGUACUGCGUAAUGAAAUGGGUCAGCCCCUGCCUAGUGGAACGUUGUUCUUAAAAAUCACGGUAAAAGACUAUGUGCCAGACGGCUUAUCGGAUUUUGCCGAAGCCCUGGCUAAUCCUAUUAAAUUCCAAUCUGAUCUGGAAAAACGCACCAAGCAAUUAGCUGUCUAUGCAGACGAAUCGGACCAAUCUGUCGACGAAGCGAGUGUUGCACCGGCGGAACGCGACGUAAAACCAGUUACCCGUCACCAAACCAGCUGCCCGGAUUUGCCCACCGGCCAUCAGAUGACUGUUACGUUGCCGGCAUCGCACCGAAAGUCGGUGACCGUUAAUCCCGUGUCGACGAUGGAAUAUUCGGUCAAUGAUGAUUUUAGCAAGGGCCCGAAAGUCGCGCAAAGGAAUCUUCCGACGUUGUUGACUACUUCUCUGAGCGAAGGUGUAGUCGCCGAAUCUCUUUCGAAGCUUAACGAAAACAAACUGGUUAAGGAUAAGAAAAUGGAGCUGGAGAAAAAGAUCGAAGUUCUUCGGAGAAAAUAUGAAAAAGACAGAUAUCGCGUUCAGCAUCUGAAACCGUCACACGAUUCGGAUCGGAAGCGAAUGUCCAAGUUCUCAAUGAGUUCCCGAUUUGUUAAGCGGCUAUCGAUAAAAAACAUGUACCAGGAGAGCAUACUGCAGAGUAACCAAGAUGCGUCCGAAUCCUCUGAAUGCGACACGGACAAUUCCACUAGCUCGAUGCCGAGAAUGUCGAGAAGUCAGUCCGAACGGUUGUUGGCGAUUAGCAAAGACCACGUGAUACAAGAACGGGACCUCCGUGAGAAAUAUCACGAGAUCGUGUUUUCGUCGUUGGAGAAAGUGAUGCGUUUGUCGCAAUCGAACCAGAUGAAAAUGUUGCGCGUACUGUUAGACAAAGAGACCGCGGAAGUAAUGAAAAAGCUGCAGGACCGCCGAAGACAUGAAAUGAAAUCGUUGGCAAAAAUACACAAGGACAAAGACGAGAUUGGAAGGAUCAAGCGAGAAGUAUCUAGUUCAAUGGUGGAAAAGGGUGUAAAUGAACGGGUGCGCUUAGCUCAGAUCUAUGAGAAGAAGACUGAGGAACUAGAAAAACAGCACGAAGAAAUCAGACAAAAUUUUAAUGAUCUCAAGAAAAAAGCAAAAGCGGAAUUGAUCAAAGAAUUCGAGGCCAAAUUACAAAACGUUGAAUUCGGGGUUGGGCCGAGCACUAAGGCCGAAUUCGAACAAUGACACGAAUAAAUUCGUACAACUAGCUACGUAGUUAGGUACUAUAGCCACUAGGCACCUAGUAAAUUCAAAAAACAAAAACAUUGUUCUAAUCAGUGGCAAUAAAUAAUAUUAUACAUGUGAUGCAUUUGAAAAGUAAGUUUAGAGACACUUGCGCCGAUUUCAAUGUCGAUCCCUAAAGACUGACCGAUCGAUUUAACUCGUUAUUGUAGUUUAAUUUGAUUAAUCAUUUUGCCAUUUAUUAUAAUUAUUUUUAAUUUUAAUUAUUUGUUCUCUCGUUCUGUACAAGUUUUGUGAAUUAAAUUUUACAGCGACCGGUGGUAGUGUAUUGUAAUGUUGUAAUAUAUUGGUUUUAUUUAUUUAUUUAUUUUGUUAUUGAAGGCGACAAAACCUUUUUUAUUGUGAUAUCUAUAUUUAUUUUGUUAAACAUUUUGUGAUAAUUUUGUUACGCAGCCUCACAUCGUAUACUAUAUUACUUACAUUCAUUGACAAUCAUUAUUUUUUCAGUUACAUUUUUUUUCUCUAAUAAUUUCAAUAGAAUACCUAUUAUUUUACUAUUGAUUUGAUUAGACUUAUCCUAUCUAUGUUUGUGUACCCAUGAUAUGGCUAUAUUAUAGUGUACCUACCUAUUAUAUUACUGUCUGAUGCAUAGUUUACAAUAAUGCAAAUAAUUAUUACACUACUUUAUUAUUAUACUCACGUCGAAUUUUUCAUUAUAUUAUUACCUAGAUUAUAUUAUGUAUUGUGUACCUAUACGUUUUAUUAAAUUAUUGUUAUUAAAUACAUUAUAUAUAGGUUACCAGAUAUUGGUACCGGAUAGAUUUCAAUAAUUAAUUUUACAUCAGUCUAGUCUGAUUUGUUUUAUCUUGUACACAAUUUAAUUUUGUUAUUUAAAAAUAUGUUAAAUUGUACUCACUGGCGUUUAUAUACAUCGUUGUUUGUAUUCAAUUCAGAAAUAAAACCUUAGAUCCUGUUACGUUUGACUAUGUAGUCGAUCAUAUUUAAUGUAUUGCUUUGUAAUACACAAACUAAUAAUAUAAUAAAGACAAUUUAAACACGCUAAUA